AUGGAUCCAGGCAUGAACUCGCUCCUAAAAUGGAGCGUCGAAAAUUCCAGCGCCAGCACCUCAGACCCCACCACCGCACCUCCAACAUCCACAAUAAACCCCGAGGCCAUGAACGCGCUCUUCGGCGGCCCCUCGGACGCAGACCUAAUGAUCUCCUCCAUGAGCGCCAUCACGUCUCCCGACCCCGAGCUCACUCUCCAAGACAAGCUCGUCGCAUUCGACAACUUCGAACAGCUGAUCGAAAACCUCGACAACGCGAAUAACCUCGGCCCCCUUGCGCUCUGGACACCACUGCUGGGCUGUCUCGAGAGCGCCGAGAGCGAGAUGCGGAAAAUGGCUGCGUGGUGUGUGGGCACUGCUGUGCAGAACAACGUUAAAUCCCAGGAACGCCUCCUGGCCAUGGGUGGCAUCCCGGGGCUGGCCAAGCUGGCUGUUGAUGAGGGGGAGGAUGAAAGCGUGAGGAGGAAGGCGGUUUAUGCGCUGAGUUCGGCGUGUAGGAAUUAUCAGCCGGCGAUGGAUGUGUUGACUGCCGAGUUGGGGAAGUUGGGGCGCGAUGACUGGGUGGGCAAGGUCGAUGCUGAGGACAUGGAUGCUUGUGAUGGGUUGAUUGGGGCUAUGAGGGAGGAGGCUGCGAAGGGGAAAAAGGCAUAG